UAAUUUUUUACAUCUUCUGAUACUUCUUUUUUUUUCAAACUGUAGGUAUGAGUAUGCUGUAUUUAAGUGUUCUUUUGAUGACCUGGGUUACUGUGAUCGCAGUACCAGUUCAGGACCAGAAUGGAAUUCAGAAACUUGCAAGAGCCAGUAACAACUUUGCAAUGGAUUUGUUUCAACAACUACCGAAGGAUGAAAACCUUUUUAUCUCACCUUUCAGCAUCUCAACGGCAAUGGGUAUGGUGUAUCUCGGAGCCAGAGAAGAGACAGCACGAGAACUAGAAGCUACACUUGGGUAUCAGGAGGAACAGCUGCUCAAUGAAGAAGUUCACCAAGCUUUUCAGAGCACUCUUAACCAAAUAGAAGGGUCUCAAGAUCAGUACAAACUUAUUGCAGCUAAUUCAAUGGUUAAUCAUAUUGAUUACUCUGUACUGGACUCUUACAAAACACAGUUACAGGAGAAAUACAAAGCAGAAAUAAGAGAAGCCGAUUUUGUAAAGGAAAGUGAGAAAGCUACCCAGGAAAUUAACGAAUGGGUGGAUCAAAAUACCCAGCAUAAAAUCACGAAACUUUUCGAUGAACCUUUGAGCUCUGAUACGAUACUUGUUUUACUGAACGCAGUUUACUUCAAGGGUACCUGGCUUUACAAGUUUAAUUCAAGCAAUACAUUAAGUGGAACUUUCUAUAAUAAAGGCACGGAUGGGAAGGAUAUUUUGUUUAUGCACUUAACACGUAACUUCAAUUUUACAGAAGUAGCGGAUCUCCAAGCAAGAAUGAUUGAACUGCCUUACAAAGGAAAAGACAUUAGCAUGUUUGCCAUUCUUCCUGACCAUAGGGACGGUCUUGCUGUUCUGGAAAGUCAACUGAAAGGAUCAUUCUUACUGCUGAUACCCGACAAAUCCGACUGUCCUGAUUUAAACAAUUUGAAAUUCCUUUUUAUCAUCAGAGACAACAGAUCUGGCAUGAUUCUCUUCUUGGGACGCGUCAACGAGUUUUAGAAUAGUUUCUAUAAAGUGACUAUUAAGAUGAUAUAGUGGAAUGAGAACUAAGCAUAUGACCAGAUAUGGUGCAAAAUAUGAAAUUACAUCUAUAAUUUAGCACAUUAGUACAUUACACUAAUUAAUACUGAACUAAAAUGUCUUAAGCUUUUUACUUUCUCUCUCACACACACACACAUAUUGAUACGGUAUGUUUUAUCACUAUAUAUAAAUAGUUUUCAGUUUAACUGCAUAUCAGCAGAAGGAAUUACAUUCUAAUAAGGUAUUGUAACUUUACAAACGUAUUCAUUAUGCUUUGUUUUAGAAAUAUUAGUCUUGUAUUUUAUCAUUUCUGCUUAUUAAAAUUAUAUUUUACUUCGAUA